ACAAAAAAGUUUAAAAAUUAAAAAGUCAGUGAUGGGAACUGCGUAUUCAGUGUCGUGCAAUUUUAAUCACAAAACUUUUCUAAUUAUCGUGAAUUACAUAAAUAACUUAUAAAUUGUGAUAAGUGCGGACCGUACCAUGUGUUACACAUAAAAUUCCAAGUUUAAUUUGAAGUUUUCCGCAACCAAAUGAACUUUUUGUGAAUGACUUCAAAAGUACCGUUACUGACUAAUAAAUGCAUUUUAAAGUGCCUCGAAUAUAAAUAAACGAAACUAUCAUCACACCCAGCUGCUUCAGACAUGGUAGUUCGCUGGCCGAACCACCACUUGUGCUGCAGCUCCAGCUAAUCCACCCCCACCAUGGGACAGCAGACAUCCAGGAAAAGCAGCAGCAGCGCCUGCAGCUGCGGCUGCGGCGCGUGGGAGCGGCGCUCGCGGCUCGCGGACUCGCACGUGCAGAGAUACGUGGCCGCGCUCACUGACAGAUGGAGCGCGGGGCGCGAUUGCUCGUGCCGGCGGCGGCCGCGGCGCCCGGCCUGCGUGUGCACCGGCUACCGACGCGUGUCAGACUCGAGGCACGACGACAGACUGGCCGCGGUGUUGACGCUCGGCGCGAGGGAUCUCAGGCGAGAACUAGACGCCAUCGUCAUUAAUACAGAGGCCGAAGUGACUCGAGAGAACGGGGAGCCAGUCAACGCGGAGGUGUACGUCCUGUCUGUCGCGUCACGACCAGUGGACGGGGAGGGGUCUCCGGACAACAGUCCAGCAGAGCUUCAGCACUCUGAUGGCUCCAUACGGUUGCAUCCACACUUCCAGGUGGUAUGCAACGGCGAGCUCCGCGCCCUCCUCCUCCGCGCGCCGCGCCCCCCCCGCGCCCACACACAAGCAGACUACCAACACCGCCUGGUCCCCGACCUACAGCAGAUCACGGCCUGUUGCUUCUACUGGGGCAAGAUGGAUAGAUAUCAGGCGGAAAGGCUGUUGGAUAACAAGCCUGAAGGCACGUUCUUACUCCGCGACUCGGCGCAGGAGGAGCACCUGUUCUCGGUGUCGUUCCGCAAGUACGGCCGCUCGCUGCACGCGCGCAUCGAGCACCACCGACAGAGGUUCAGCUUCGACGCGCACGACCCGGCCGUGUUCAGCGCGCACACCGUCACCUCGCUCGUCGAGCACUACAAGGACCCGGCAUGCGUGAUGUUCUUCGAGCCGAUGCUGACGGCGCCCCUCCCCCGCACCAACCCCUUCUCGCUGCAGCAGCUCGCGCGCGCCGCCAUCGUCAGCCACAUCACUUACGACGGCGUAGAACAGCUCCCUCUACCGGCGCGGCUGCGCAGCUACCUCAAGGAGUACCACUACCGGCAGCGGGUCAGAGUGCGCACGCUCGAGCCGUGAAUUCAUGCAAAACGGUUCAGCAACCGACGGUUGACGCGUGAGUGGAGUGAACUUGGAGGAAAAUUAAGGCUGGAUGUUUAAAAAGUGGUAUAGGGAGCCGAAUGUAAGUGACUCAGGGGUCAUUCCGUAAUCCUUACUGUAAAAAGUCACGUGAUCGAUAAAGUUUUUAUAAGGAAGUAAAGAUUUUAUUCCUGAAUUUUCAAAAGUAAUUGAACGAAAUAACUGCCUGGGUUUUAUAUUUCAUUUCGGCUUGGUAUACCACUUUGAAACAUCCCAAAGAAACGAAUGGUUUAUGAUGCUUUCAUCAAGGGAUUUUAUUUUAACUGUGAGUAAUGUUAUUAUUUGUUUUCAAAACCAUUCACGGGCCAUCAAUAAUGUUGUUGAAGUCGUAUUUUUCAGAUUUAACAAUCGAUUUAUAAAUAAAUAGUAUAACUUGAGAUUCAGUCGCAAAUAAACAAUAAAUGUCUAAUAAUUUAUCUUU